AAUCCUCUUAAAAAGCACGCUCAAACAUAGACCGAAGCGUAAUUGUCCGUUACCCGUUAGAGAACAUCCUAGGAAUAACAACAUGUACACCGUGUCAGGACUCGCAAGGUCGAGUGAGGAGUUAUAAGAGAGUUGCCUCUGUUUCGACGCUUGAAAUUAGUCGUUUUCGUUUGGUUUAAACUUUAAACGAGAGUGCAGCCAUUUUGGGUCAAGUAUAUCGUAUGUUUCAUGUUUUGUAAUUGGAUAUAUGUAUGUCCAUGCAACAUCAUCGCUGGUUGUGCUUGAAAGAACAUACGGCAAACCGUGUUAAAAUGGCCAACACGCUAUUCGACCACGGAACUGAAUAUAACUUUUACAGAACAAAUUUUACGGAGAACCAUGCGACGAUGAGGAAGACAAAACCCGACAGUCAAAAACCAACGAGGUUAGAAAUGCUUCAGGAAGAUUACCGUUCCAGGCUGUUACGGGAAAGGGAACAGAAGGCGAACGCUUUGUUUGAGACAAGAGUGAGGGCUAAGAUAUUACCCAAGAAAGGAAGCGUACGGGAAUUUUUUUUGAAUCGAAGAAUGCUCGCAGCAGAAGCUUGCAAUGCUGUUGUAGAUCUCCCGCCGAUCACGUCAAACACACGUUACGAAGGUAAACAAAGAGAUAAGACAAGAAUUGUCGGGAAAAGAGGCGAGAAGGAAAAAGUAGAAGCAAUCGACUAUUUUAAGAACAACCAAAAACAAAAGAACCAUAGCGAACAAGACAAAUUACGAAAGAAAAAUCGCAAAUCCCGAACCGGUGUUGCCUUCGCGAAGAAUGAGGAAAGCAAGUUAAGUACAGUCGAAUUUUCAUCGACCUAUGAAGCAAACGGUGUCGACAGGGAUGGUGGAAAUGCUUAUUCGACUAAGCCAAGGGGAGUAAAAUCAAGAGAGGUAUUCAAGCGCCAGAAACGACCGUCUGACGAAUACGACAGAACAGAAUACAGAAAUGACGAAGUCUUUGCAUCGCUCGCCGCCAAGAACAACAAACUCAGAGCACGGAAGGGGGUGAAAUCGAGGGAAGUUUACAAACGAGGCAGUAAACCCGCAAACGAAGAAGCCAUCACGGAAACGAACGUAAACGAGAAGGGAAACGGUGAAUGUUUAGCACGUUCUUUCAGCGAGGUGUCGAAAAGUUUGGUGAAGAUAAAAGAGCUCGUUCACCGGAGGAAGACGGAGGAGCUUAUACUGCGGUCAAACACGGCGAGGCCCGCGGCAAAUGAAAGCCACAAACAGUCGUCGCCCAGGGCCAGGGGAAAUUCGCAAAGUUUUGACGAGAUGUGUCGAGUUGAGACGGAACUUCGCGAAACGAUUUCGCGUGAGCAGAAAAAACUCUUGGAGCUACAGAAACGUAUGGGGAGACGGAGUAGAAAAAAGCGGGAACAAGAAAGCCGUAAUUAUAACGGAGAAAAACAGCACCGAUCAACAGAAACAAGGCAAGGGGAAGCAAAUAUGGUGAAGAUAUCUCCAAACGAAACACAGGAUGGAAAUUUCAAGCGGGAAACGCGGUCAAAACAACAUCGAAAUGCCGAAUAUCAAAGAACGAACGAAGAAGAUUUCCGGCGGGGUCGGGGAAAAUCCGUUUCUUACGAGUAUAAAGUCAGUGAACUUACUGGAAGAACACAAACGAGUCGUGAUUCUACAACGAAGUCGAGCAUUCACAAAGAAACUAAUGCGAAUGCCACAUCAGGCUCUGUUAUUCAGGAUUUGGUAACAUGUCCAAACUGCGGCCGAGGUUUUAUGAAAGAGAGGAUCGCAAAGCAUGAAAAGGCGUGCAGAAAAGCAUCGGCAAGAAUCAAGAAACCGUUUGAUGCCAAGCGAAAGAGAGCUGAAGGCACAGAUAUGGAAAAAUAUCUUAUUAUGGGAAAGGAGACAAGCGAUGACUCCAAAUACAAGGACAAGAAGAAGAACGACUGGAGGAAAACACACGAAAACUUCAUUCAGUCAAUUCGUUCGGCAAGACAUCAAGAACCAGGUCCACCAACUCCGCUGACCAACCCCGAUUACAUCGAGUGUUCAUAUUGUCAAAGAAAAUUCAAACCGUCCGUGGCGGAGAGACAUAUCCCAAGAUGCAAAGAAACCCGGGCACGACCCAGACCCCCACGGCGCUAGACUAACAAAUAACAAUUAAAACUUUAUGUGUGUAAAAAGUGUAGUAUGCAUAGUAUACAUACGGAAUGCAAAAAAUGUGUU